AAGAUGGCCGAGCAUUUCCAGCAGCAGCAGAGGCAGCAGUCGCAGCUGGGCCAGCCCCGGUCCCACCAGGUGGUCAAGGCGGCGACGGCGGUCACCGCCGGAGGGUCCCUACUGGUGCUCUCCGGCCUGACAUCGGCCGGAACGGUGGUGGCGCUGGCUCUGGCCACCCCUCUGCUGGUCAUAUUCAGUCCGGUUCUGGUCCCCGCGGCUAUUACGGUGUGUCUUUUGCUGACUGGGUUUGUGGCUUCCGGCGGAUUCGGUGCGGCGGGGCUCACCGUGUUCAUGUGGAUGUAUAGGUACAUGACCGGACAGAAACCGCCGGGGGCAGAGCAGCUGGAACAAGCGCGCUCAAAGCUGGCAGGUAAGGCUAGGGAAAUGAAGGACAGGACAGAGCAAUUCGGGCAGCAGCAGACCGGCUCAUAGGGUUCUUAACUGCCGAUACCAUUGCUCUCCGUCUCUGUUCGUUCGUUUGUUUGUUUUUUCCUUCGUUUUUUGGGGUUUCUGUUAAACUUUUGGGAUGUUCUGAAUAAGUUGGUUUGUGGAGAAAUGUUGAAGGCGU